CUACGUUCCACGAUUGUAAAUUCAAUAUCGACUGGUUUCGACAUAUUCAAUUAUUUAAGCAUCAUGGAGGUCGAACUAUACGUCUAUGAUCUUUCUAAGGGACUCGCACGACAAAUGUCGGCAGCCCUGCUAGGUGUCCAGAUCGAUGCGAUAUAUCACACCUCCCUCAUUUUCGGCGGAAUAGAAUAUUUCUUCGGUGCCGGUAUUCAGACUUCAUAUCCAGGUGCAACCCACCAUGGCGCCCCGAUAGAGAAAAUAUCGUUAGGAGAGACGUCCCUACCAGAGGACGUGAUCCUGGAAUACAUUGAUUCGCUCAAGCAAAUAUAUACCGUCGAGUCAUACGAUCUCUUCGUACACAACUGCAACAACUUCUCCAACGACCUUGCAAUGUUUCUCGUCGGCCGCGGCAUCCCGGACCACAUCGUUUCUCUUCCCCAGACAGUCCUCAACACACCAUUUGGACAGAUGCUGCGACCUCAAAUUGACAGCGCGAUGAGAUCUGUAACUCAGGCACCAGUUGCUGCUCCUCCGCCAAAACCUGCGCCAAAAGCAGCCGCUCAGACCGCACAGCCCAAACAACCAAGCCAAUUUGGUAUCGUUCACAACGUCACCAGUCUUGCUGAGGUUGAGUCCCUGCUCAAAUCCGCAUCCAAAUCAUGCGCCGUCAUAUUCUUCACAUCUUCCACCUGUCCGCCAUGCAAAAUAGUAUAUCCGGCGUAUGACGAACUCGCCGCAGAAGCAGGGGACAAGGCGGUCUUGAUCAAAGUAGACACUAACCGAGCCUUUGAUGUGAGCGCAAAAUACGGAAUUAGAGCAACACCAACAUUUAUGACCUUCCUGAAAGGCUCCAAGGAAGAGCAGUGGUCUGGCGCAGACGAGGCCCGACUUCGAGGCACCGUCAGACUUCUGAUCCAAAUGGCCUGGCCACCUCACCCUCACUCAUCUCUAAACCUGCCUGCUCUUCUGCGAUCCAAUCACCACAGUGUCACAUACAGCAAGGUCCCGCCUCUGGAAAAGCUCAGCGCGAAGCUUGGCCAUGCCGCGUCUGAGCCCUCCGUUCUCGCCCUUCAGCGCUUCAUCUCAGCCAGGCAGCAAUCUGGCGCCAUUGAGGCACCUUUACCGGAUCUCAGAACGUUCAGUGCAUUCUUCCAUACAGCCCUGAAAACCUCCUCUGCAGAAACGUUAUUCCCUUUAGUCGACCUCUUCCGGGUCGCGCUCGUCGAUCCGCGUUUCAGCGGCUACUUUGCAGAGGGCGAAGCAAACCACAAGACCAUUGUAGAUUUAUUUCAGUGCAUAGAAGAUCGCGGUGGGCAAGACUGCCCGUAUAGUCUCCGACUGGUGACUCUGCAAGCCGCUUGCAAUCUAUUCACCUCCCCUCUUUUUCAAGAGCACAUUUUGCCCCUCCCCGAGGUUGCAUCUGCCAUUACACAACUCACCUCUUCGAGCCUACUCGACGACCAGCACAGCAAUGUUCGCGUCGCUGCUGCUUCAUUGGCCUUCAACGUCGCGGCGUACUGCCACAAGCAACGCAUCGAGGCGCAGCGCGAGGUGCUAGGUGAGAGCGAGCAGGUCGAGCUCCUAGCUUCGCUGCUUGAGGCGAUUGGCGUCGAGGCACAGAGCGAAGAGGCCAUAAUGGGUCUCUUAUUAGCCGUCGGGCUGAUAAUUUAUGCAGCCCCAACCAAUGGUGAAGUGCUGGAUCUAUGCAAGGCAAUGGAUGCCGCUGGAGUCAUUUCGGCGAAGAAAAAGGUAUUCCCGCGAGAACCAUUGGUGAAGGAAAUCGGAGAAGUAUUACUAUUUGAAGGUGUUUAAUGAGAAGGUUCGAGCGGCAUGUGCUGUAGAGUUUUUUCUACUUUUUUAUUUCCUUUUGCUUUUUAUCCUCAAGCGUGCAUGGCUUAGCGGAGUUUUAAGUUAUUAUGCGGCUUUGGACUUUAUGGAGGCAUUUUCUUUUUUAGAGCACGAUAGACACUUCUUUUUUCUGGCUUGCAGAUAGAUUUAUAGUAGAUAAGAAGCGUUUCAAAUUUAUAUCCAACUUUUGAUAUACAAUAUACAAUAUACCUCAGA